CACGUAUGCAUACUAAGUAGUACGGUCGCGAGUGCGCGAGAUAGUAUUUCAGUAGCAGACGGUCGCUUUUAGCAGCGAACAAUAACAAGCGUUGUCGAGUGUUCGCGAUAGUGUCCGCCGCCGCCGAUCCGAGCACAGAUCACGACGUGUACCGCCGAAACAUGUUCAGCGGAAAAUGCACGAGCCAGGCCAGGUUGGACGGCAAAAUCGCCAUCGUCACCGGUUCGAACACGGGCAUCGGAAAGAUCACCGCCAAAGAGUUCUACAGAAUCGGUGCUAAGGUCAUAGUGGCGUGUCGAGACGUUAAAAAAGCGGAACAAGCCGUGUCGGAUAUCGUAGCGGACGUGAAAGGUGACAAUGUCGGACAAUUGGUCGUGGAAGAAUUGGAUUUGGCAUCUUUCGCGUCUAUAAAACGUUGCGCGAAAAGUAUUCUGCAGAAAGAAAAAAAAAUACAUCUACUGGUCAACAAUGCCGGCGUGAUGGCAUGCCCAAAGGGUAAGACUCAAGACGGUUUCGAAACACAAUUCGGCGUGAAUCAUUUGGGACACUUUCUAUUCACGUCGCUCCUGUUGCCAAGAAUCCGAAAUUCGGCACCUGCGCGCAUUGUCAACGUGUCAUCUAUGGCGCACACCAGAGGAGCGAUCAAUUUCGACGACAUCAACCACGAUGUGAACUACUCGGCCAUGGCAGCGUACGGCCAGAGUAAGCUAGCUAACAUUUUAUUUUCGAAAGUACUGGCGGAAAAACUAAAGGGGACCGGAGUGAACGUGUACAGUCUACAUCCCGGGAUCGUGCGCACCGAAUUGGGGAGGACCAUCGACCAGGUAUACUUCCCGGGCUUGAGAUUUUUGAGUCGCUUUGUCCUCUAUCCGUGGAUCAAGUCUCCGGAACAAGGGGCUCAGACAACGCUAUAUUGUUCGAUAGACGAGAAAGCCGGAGAAGAAACCGGAUUAUAUUACAGCGACUGUAAGGUAAAAGAACCGUCCACGUUGGCAAAAGAUCCGGAAUUGGCGAAAAAACUCUGGGAAAAAAGCAUAGAAAUGGUUGGUUUAAAAGACUACGACAUGUUUAACAGCGAAGAUACGCUUCCUGAACCUUUGAAAGAUGUCUGAGAGCAAAAUAAUUUAUUACUUUUAUACUUAGUUUUUUUUUUACUUUAUCUAUAUAUUUUAUACGAACAUACAUUUUAUAAUUUAAAAAUAAAAAACAUUUUAUUUAACUAUACAUAAAGAUAGAAAUGUUAAAUGAUUGAUCAGUUCUUUUUUAACAAUAUUUAUUAUUAUUAAAAUUUGUAAUUUUUCAAAUCAUGAGCAAAGAUCUUGCAGGCAAUUGUGCUAAGAAAAUUUAAAAAAAACUAUAACCUAUAUUUAUUGGUUACAGUGACAUGAAUAUGUAAAGCGUAACAAAUAGAAUUUUUUUUUUAACAGUAUGGUGAAAAUGUAUCGACUAAUAUAAUGCACCAUGUAUCGACAUUCGAUCAACUGUUUAUAAUGUGGGCCAAAGAUUACUACAAAUAAAUAUUGGUAUUGACUAUUUA